AUGGUGAUGAAGUGUUCUGCUGUGUGCCUCGUGGCACUGGCUGUGCUCGGCAGCUUCUGCCACGCUCAGUGGGGAAAACAGGAAGCUUACAAUCCCCCACAGUCUAGAUACCAAAAGCCAGCACCUCCUGUGAGACAGGAACCCAAAAAUCCGAUGCCUCCCCAACAGUCAAAGCAGGAUUUUGAGGUACCGCUCACUUGGACAUAUCCUGAAGAUCCCAAACCUGAGACCCCACCUGAGGUCCCCUUUGAGCUGAGACAUCCUGUUCCUGCUGCAACUGUCGCUGUUGAGUGCAGAGAGAGGGAUGCUCAUGUGGAAGUCAAGAAGGACAUGUUUGGGAUCGGCCAGUUUAUCAAUGCUGCUGACCUUACCCUGGGAUCCUGUGGUGCUGUGGCAGAGGACAAUGCUGCUCAGGUGUUGAUUUUUGAAUCUGAGCUGCAUAACUGUGGCAGCUUAUUAGCGAUGACAGAAGAAGCCCUCGUCUACACUUUUGUCCUGAACUACAACCCUCAACCUCUGGGCGGAGCUCCUGUGGUGAGGACCAGCAAAGCUGCUGUAAUUGUGGAGUGUCACUACCCAAGGAAGCACAAUGUGAGCAGCCUUCCUCUGGACCCUCUUUGGAUUCCUUUCUCUGCAGUUAAGGUGGCAGAAGAAUUCUUAUACUUCACCCUCAAGCUCAUGAUGGACGACUGGCAGCAUGAGAGGCCAAGCUACCAGUAUUUCUUGGGAGACAUGAUUAAUAUUGAGGCUUCUGUCAAGCAGUUCUUCCACGUGCCUCUGCGUGUUUAUGUGGAUAGCUGUGUGGCUACUCUUGCACCUGACAUGAACUCCAACCCCAGAUACAGCUUCAUUGAGAACCACGGGUGCUUUGUUGACGCCAGGAUUACAGGCUCUGCCUCUAAGUUUAUGGCUCGCACUGCAGAGAACAAGCUCCAGUUCCAGCUGGAGGCUUUCAGGUUCCAAGGGUCUGACAGUGGACUGCUCUACAUUACAUGCCACUUGAAAGCAACAUCUGCUGCUUAUGUCAUCGACAGUCAACACAGAGCUUGCUCCUACAUUAACGGAUGGCAGGAGGCCAGUGGCACUCAUCCAGCUUGUGGCUCCUGUGACUCUGCGUCAUCUGAACCCUCAAACACUGGCACAAGUGGUGCCUGGGGUUCCAGUGGGGCAACAACUGUUGUGGCUAACCCAGGCAGGAAGAUCCGGGACACCACAAAAACUGGACAAAGUGAAGUUUUCGAAUGGGAAGGUCAUGUCACUGUUGGUCCCAUUCCCAUUGGAGAGAAGGUGAUUGCUUAA